AUGUCACUGAUCAGCACGUCUAUAUCUCCGGUGGCCAUGUUGGGCAUUCCGGCCGAGAUGUACUUCUACGGACUCGCGUUUAUCAUGAUACAGUUGGGACUGCUGUUCACCGUGCUCCUGACGAAUCACAUCUACAUGCCCAUGUUUUACAAGCUCAACGUCACCAGCGCUUUCCAGUACCUGGAGCUUAGGUUCAAUCGAACGCUUCGCACCAUUUGUUCAGUGUCGUCGGCUUUGCAAAUGAUUGUGUACAUGUCUAUAGUGCUUUAUGGGCCUGCACUUGCACUGCAACAAGUGACCGGAGUAAAUCUAUGGCUGUCAGUGGUCUCCAUUGGCGUCGUCUGCACCUUCUACACGACAGUGGGUGGCAUAAAGGCGAUCGUCAUGGCCGACGUGUUUAUGAGCUUUAUAAAGUAUGCAUCCAUCAUACUGCUAGCAGUGAAGGGGACCAUAGAUGUCGGCGGCUGGCACAGCGUCUACGAGAAAAACCUAGACUCUCAGAGACUUCAUCUGUUUGAUUUUCGGCCGGACCCGACAGUUCGUCACUCGGUGUGGUCCCUGGUGAUCGGUGGCACCUUCCUGUGGCUCACCAUGUACGCCGUCAACCAAGGCUGGGUGCAGCGCUACCUAAGCAUGCCCGACGUGGCCACAGUUAGGAGAGCCAUGUGGAUGAACUUGCUGGGCGUGAUUGCGCUCCAAAGUGCGCUGUGCUACGUGGGACUGGUGAUAUUCACACGAUACAAUGACUGUGACCCCGUCAGCACGAGGCAGGUCGCCGCGGCGGACCAAGUAAAUCCAUUUUUUGUCAUGGACAUACUGGGGAACUAUCCAGGUGUGCCCGGGCUCAUCGUGUCGGGAAUAUUCAGCGGAGGACUGAGUGGCGUAUCCGCAAGCCUCAGCUCUUUGGCGACAACGACACUUCAGGAUAUCAUAAAGACGUACAUCAAGCCGGACCUAGGGGACAGGGCUGCCGGCAUCCUACUGAAAGUUCUCACCAUAGUGUUUGGAGUCAUCGUCGUCGCCAUGGUGUAUGUGGCCCAGCAGAUGGGGGACGUCCUACAGUCAGCGCUCUCUAUCCUUGGAAUCGUCGGUGGCCCUCUCGUCGGCGUCUACAGCCUGGGCAUCUUCGUCCCCUUCGCCAAUUCCAUAGGAGCCGUCACUGGCUUGGUGGCCGGUGUGUUCACGCUGUCCUGGAUCAGCGUGGGCGCCUAUCUCCGGAGGCCGUUUCACUGGCGACCACCGGUCUCGGUGGACGGUUGUGUCCAGCUGUACCUAAACGCUACAGGCCUCGAACAGCCAACGCUUCCUUCUGUCGACAUCGACGCGCACAAGUAA